CUUGUUCUUGUUUACAAACUUGGUGCUGCCUCCCGCUGCUUCCCGCCGCCUGGCUCAGUCUGUCUUCGAACUGAAAUGCUCAAAUAAACCUCAAGAUGACUGCCACAAAUAAAGGAAUGUGGGCAUCAAUGGUGUCCUUGGCACAGGCAGUGCAGCGAGCAGUGGAGACGAGUGCCUCAAGUGGUGGCACACCUGUUGCUCUUGAAGCAGGACACGACCUAGAACUGGCUCUGCAACGACAUCGCACCACAUUCAUCUCCCUCCUGCGCAAUCCACCAAAAAAUGCAAAUGAGAGGUCUACACUGCAGCGCUCUGUCACUGAACCUGUGACCUUGCCAAGUCAUGCAGGUCCAACCAAAUUGUCUGACUCGUUUGUGAAGGAAGCCAUCAUUAUUGCUGACAUGUUCAACAUGAGUGAAAUGACGGCAAUGUCACUGUUGCGAUCGGCAGAGGAAGAAUCCACGCUUUACCCUGGUACCCCGAGGGGUUUGAUUGCUAUUUUAUUUUAUUAUGAUAGUCGGGUGAAUUUGGCUCAUGCCCUGAAGACACUGGUUCAGGCGCGUCAAGGAAUUUCAUGGGUUCUCCUCCCAGAUAAUGAAGAACUGUCUCAGAAUAUUACAAGGUACCUGGAACCCAUUCUUAACAUAAGCCUUGUGGAUAGGAUUCUGGAGCUUAUCACCUCAAUGGAUAUCACAAAAGAAAUUGAGUUAUUGCAACAGAACCGUGCUCUUGGGGAUGCUAAGCAUAGGAAGAUGGUGUUAGAUAAGUUUCAGGCGGUGCGCAGUUUGUUGUCCGAGACUCUUUUUUGUUGGGCUGCUCAGACCCCCUUAAAAAAGGACGAAUGUCGCCGCCUUGUAGCAUACAUGUCAAAGGUAAAGUUAACAGAGACGAGUGAUGGCUCUCUAGAUCCUGUUAAUUUAUCUCUACUUAUGGCCCUGCUUUAUAGUUUAGAGGCAGGACACUUACUGACAUCAGAAGACAUGACAGAAGCUCUUACUCAGUUUCCUAUCACAAGUGACCGAACAUUUGUACAAGAAAUUCACCGUGAAAUAAGGUCUGAUCAAGCUUGGGAAACUCCGGGCUUAAAAGCUAUAGUGCAGCUAGCAUGGAUUGUCAGCCUUGCUAACUUAAGACAAGUUGCUGUUGCUACUCAGUUAGCAGAUAUUGAUGCUGUACUAGAGGAAGAUGAUGCUGUCCUAGAUGAUGCUCUCAAGGGUAAAGUAUUUUCUUUUAUCCAGAAUUCUAUACUUUCCAAGAAGAAUGCUUCACUUGACUCCUUCUACUGCCAACGUCUUCAUGCAAUCUUCUCUGACUUCAUAAUUAAUUUCCCUGAGCGGGUUAAGGCCAUGAAGAACAGAGCAGAUGAAAACUCCAGACUUAUCACAGCAAACCUACGAGAAAGUCUACAGCCUCCACCAAACCUUGAUCAGCCAUUUGAGGAACUUCUGACUUGUUUGGCAGCUUUAUACCAAGAUGGACAGUGUGGUGAACUGGUGGAAGAUUACUGGUGCCCUAGUGAGAUCCUUCCCAUGGCUUCCUUGCAGUACCGUGGGCAAGGAACUCGUCAAAUGGCUCUUUUCAAAUUUGUGCGACUUCCUGGAGAUUACUUGCCUCCUUCGCUGUUUGUGCCAUAUGUCAAUCUGCUAACUAGUUUAGCCACAACUCCACGAUCUGCACAGUUUGUUUACAACUUCUUAAGGAUGAAUAGUCAGCCAUUGUCUCAGGGUAGCAAUCUAGCAUGGGAGCAUUUUAUGACUGCUUUAACCCAGUAUUACAACAACCUGAGAAUUGAAGAGCCUGGAGCAAUGGAUACUAUGUACCGAGCACGAGGGACACCACGAGGCAUCACCCCCCAGGAGGUGCAGGGGCUCCUGGCUGUGCUUCAGUUACUAACUGUGGUAGCUGAAAAGGAUGAAUUAUCUCGUGUGGCUCUGUGUGAUAAUGCUGCUUGGGCACCACUGUAUGUGUGCACUGGCUUGCUAACUUGUGCUGUACCUCUAGCACUUAAGGUAGAACUUGUGAACACACUUGCUGCAUUUAGUGGUACCCCAGCAUUGGCUCAGCGAGUGUGGGAAUUGAUAGAAGGAGGUGGGUUGAUUCCUGUUCAGGAGGGUGUUGCAGGCUACCAACCUCGUGGUUUACUUGUUGACAUAGAAGAAGUAGAGAGCAGCAGGGAGGAAUUUACUCUGACUAGGGCAAUUCUCAAAUUGUUAGGCACUUUGGUACGUGCUGGCAUUCCUCCAAUGCUUGGUGCUGCAACCCGACAGCCAGGAUUUCGUCCUUACCUUGAUUUGGUGAGAGAUCGAAUAUUCUUGCGCCACGAUUCUCGCACUUAUCGGGAUGCCGGCGAACGUUGGGCUAUUGCUCGUGGCUGCCUAGAACUUCUUCAUCAACUGUUAACUGAACAACUCCAUGUAGCCACAGCACCAGUGGAACAGAGAUCUACACAGUCACCAGGCCGAUCAAUACUUUUAGAUUUAGUUCAGGAGUCACAACUAGUGAAGCAAGUGCUGUCAGUGUUACACGAUGGAGUUCAAAUAUUGGAACAAUUCAAAGAAGUACCUGGACAAAAAGAUCUUCAUGCUAGUUUGCUACUGGUGUUGCAACUCUUACUGGGAGCACAGGAACAACAACACUUAGUACUCGGAACAUCAACUAACCCAGAAGUAGUGCUAGGUGUGGAGCGUUUACUUAUGGGUAUUAAUGUCCAUACUGGGGUCAGUGAUCACCUUUUGAAUGUAGUACGUUUGGUGGGCCACCAUCAAGAAAUGCCUUGCCAUGCUGCCUUGGCUUGUCGCCUCUUGGCCUCGUCCGCUGCAAGACCAAGUUCUCAGACCCACAUGUUUUCUUUAAUCACUGCUUCUGCAACGACUGCCUCUGCAGUUAGGCACAGCUUUGUGGAAGUGAUAGAUCAUGCUGCAUUGGAUAUUCCAGAACAUUUGGAUGCUGCUGAUGCAGCUUUAAAUUUGCUCCUAAAAUACCUUCCACUUCCAACACCAAAUGUAGCCCAGUUUUUGCUUGGUUAUACAUCUGAUGGCAUGACAACUUUGCGAUCUGAUUUAUUAGGUGCUGGAGCACGUGGGUACCCUCGAACAGCAUUACAUGCUGCACUUGCAUCUUUACCCUCAUGCCCACCAAGUCUAUCUGAAGUUUCAUAUCGACUUAUUUAUGAAUUAUGCAGUGACACCAAUAUGUCAGCACCCACACUGCGUUAUCUAAGGUCUUCUGAAGAUCUAUUGUAUCGCACAGCUGCUACCAUGGGUCUCCCACACACCGACUCGAGGCUUCGUCUUUUAUCUCAAGGGUGGGUUUUACGUUGUGUAGCCUUAGAACUACGCUACCAUGCAACACACCAGCAAAGAUCACAAUUAGCACGCCUGAUUCAUUUACUUGUAGCAGGAGCAGAACUGCCUCAGCAAGAACCCUUGGAUGUUUCUCAGGGCUGGGCUGGUGGAAUCAGUGGUGGACGUGGCCCACUUCUCACCUUACUAGAUGCCAUUGACCUCAAUAUUGAUUUCCCAGCACCUUUACAAUGUGAGUACUUCACAAGGGCAUCGGAGCUCAUUAGUAAUUGUGAGAGCCCCUCUCCUGAAGGCCCUGUAGUUAACCUUAAAUUACUACAUCAACAGUUGACUGCUCUACUACAAGAGGGAGGUUCAGGGACUUCUAUAACUCAGCGUGAUCCAUUACAAGAGGAACUGGAGUUGGUGAUGGGUCAUGCUCUAAUGAUGAACCAAACAAGAGGACUGUUAUUUGCACAUAGGCACUUCUUGGAGGGCUGGAGACAAGUAGUAGAAGUUGUUGUAGCUGUCACCCCCCCAGAUCUUAUAGAAACUGCCACCCACCAUACCUUCCUCCAUACACUUACCCAUGAUCUGGCUCGUCGUCUUCUGGAUGAAUCUGCACUCUCUUCUCUAACCACACAGUUGGUAUCAACAUUGCUUAUGUUAGUAACCACUUUGCGAACUCUCCAUGCAAGACCAGCUCAUCACCAUCCUCAGUAUGUUUCCAUGUUAGAUAGUGGUAAUCCUGCAGUUCAGGCAGAAUUUCCAUCAUCAUUACAACUUGUUCUGCGUGGACUUGUUGAAUGUGUGGCACGAUUCAAACAGUGUAGCCAAGGAGUUCGUGCUUCCAUAUAUGCUGCUCUUCUGAAUUACCUGCAAAUACGAGCUGAUCCCAUAGAUAAAACGGGUGAGGAUACAGACGGUCUUCAGUCUCUGUUAUUGGCCCCACGUGAAACUCAAGAGGAGCAGUUUCACCGAGAGAAUUAUGAAGUUGUGCGUGAAGAACUCCCACAGUUGGUUGAUGUUCUAGCAGUGGAGGCAGGAGGGGGUCACCAUGUUUGUCAGGUGUUAGCCCUGACAUGUCUCAGUGCCCUUGCUGCUCUGGAACAACGUGCUGCUCCACUCACCAAUGACUCUCUGCUACUGUCACAUCUUACUGACCAUGGACACUUACGCCGCCUUCUCGAUGCUUUAAGAACAGAUGAUCGGCAGUUGCUCUCUCUGUUAACUGCCGAUGAUGAUGAUUUACGGCCCCUGUAUGUAUAUGAAGCCCGUAUGUCUUUAUUAGCUCGUUUGGCACUCUCUCCCUCUGGAGCACAACAACUAUUACAGUCUGGGCUUACUACACGUUUGUCAGAAUUAACUGCCUUAGAUUAUCGUCCAGUUCAACCCAUGCAGUCUGCCAGCAAUGAAGAAUUUCUUCCUAGCGCAGUACAGCGGUAUCGAACUGUGUUGAUGGCAGCUCUAAGAGUUUACUUAGCAAUCUUGACAUCAUUAGGAAGUGACAAUUAUUCUGCUACUGCCCAUCUAUUAAGAUUUUUAGGUGCACAUGGUGAGGCCCUUGCAUCUGGUCUCUGUGUUCCAGGUGUUCCAUCGCUACAGGGCCUAGAGGAAGUAGCUCUCUUGUCAGCAGCUGUUGCAGGUGCUGCUCCUCCUGGUCCCAUAACAGCUACAGAUCCUUCUGAGUUAGAGUCUGGGGCACAAGCAACACGACUCCAACAGUUACUUAUAGCUUUGUUGCCACAUGUCCUACCACAGAGCCGUUUGGCUGCUGCCCUGGACACACUGCCGGAGAAUGAGGAAGGUGUCAAUGUAAGGGAAAUGGCUCGUACUGCAACUCUAACCACUCUAGCUGCAGUUCUAAAUUAUGCCACAGCUCGUCUCAUUCAUGGGGGGACUGACACUCGUGAUAUUACACUAGUGUUUCGAGCAUCCAUGGAUAAUGGAAUACCCACAGGAGCUGUAGGACGGCCACUAUCGUUAGCCACAUUGGUGGAGUGUGCAAGUCAAGUCAGUCAUCAUUUUACUUUGGCCAGAAGUGCAUGUGAAACUGCAACUGCUUGCUUACAAGCAUUGGAAGGUAAUCAGCCAGUUGAGCACCUCCGUCAGUAUGUGAGUAGUGCUCUGGCUGAUGCUGCCUCACCUGCAGCUGUUCGGAGAUUGGCUGAGGAACACCUCAUUCAAGUUGUAGCCUUGCACCGACGUCAGGAGCAACUUGCUGUUCAUGCUGCUGAGUCUGCUGCAUUCCUUCUUUGGAGACAUCUGGAGUACUUCAUAUGUCAUGCACCAUCAGCCCCAGGUCCAGCACAAGACAAUCUUACGGGCUGGGAAGUUGGGGUUCCUCGUACUUUAACUCCCUCUGAUGUUGACAGUCUGCGGAAACAGGCAUGUACAGCCUUACAGGAGGUUCUACCACGCUUGCAGAAAGUUCACGAAGAGUAUUCUGCUGCCACAGGACAUGUUGCCUUCCUGGCUGCUGCCAUUACCAGGAUCAGAAGACUGUUGGUUCCAUAAUAAUGUGAUGAUAUUUAACCUUAUGUUAUAUUGUAGUAAUAUUGUGACAUUACUUGCUAUCAACUCUGUUUCACUUAAAUUUCCCCAUAUUGUGAAAGAAGUGGGUUAUAAUGCUUGUAGCUUUUGUAAGUAAUUUCAUUACCAAGAAUGUUUAUUAGUUCUGUAUACACUAAUUUCAACCAACUGUGUUUUUGUUUACUCUGGUGUCAGUGUUGCUGUAACAUUACCAUGAUUUAUAAAUUUGGCGUGGAAUCCAGUUACGAUUGUUAAAGAAUACUUCAGGAGGAGAAUUCAACAGGAUGUAUGAAUUAUUAGUAUGGAAUUAUGUUUACCAGUCUUGAUGAAUGACUAUGUAAAUAGAAGCUUUUAUCACUGCCACAACUGUACCUGUUAAAUAUUGGAGGCAGGUUUAUAUUAACUAUCUUUGGCAAGAGAGCUAGCACUAUUUCCAUUUGGGAGUUGGCUGCCCUUAUGCUUGGUGUGCAUACAGUAUGAUCACCAACUCACACAGAAGGGGGAGGAGGUGCAUGUAUGUAAAUGAGGUGAUUGUGUUUAUUAGAUACAGUACUGUACUUUAUUCAGAUAUUACAGCUUGUCCAGUCCAAACGGAAUAAUAAUUUGUUUUAAAGUUUACAUCCUUGGAGAUGAGUGUGGUUCAGUUAAAACCACAAAAUAUAACUUUAUUCAAAUUCACAAUUUUGUAUAUAAAGACUAAUAGUUCUAUUGAACUGCUGUGGACUAAUAUGUUUUGUGUUAAUAUAAUUUUUUUUUAUAAAA